AUGAGGCUCCCGCCCCACCUCCUCCACCACCUCGACGGCCGCACCCUCUCCACGGCGCUGCUCGACCCCCUCAUCCGCACGACCUCUUCCUCGCCCUCCACCCCGCACCUCUCCUUCUCCCUCUUCCUCCUUCUCCUCCGCUCCGCACUGCGGCCCUCCCACCUCACCUUCCCCUUCCUCGGCCGUGCCGCCGCUCGCCUCGCCUCCCCCCGCCUGGCGCUCUCUCUUCACGCGCACCCGCUCCGCCUCGGACUCCUCCCCUGCGACCUCCACGUCGCAAAUUCCCUCGUCCACAUGUACGCGGCCUGCGCGCUCCCGGACCUAGCCCGCCGCCUGUUCGACGAAAUACCGCAGCCUAACUGCGUCUCCUGGAACGCCCUCCUCGAUGGUUACGCCAAGUGCCACGACCUCCUAUCUGCCCGCUGGGUGUUCGACCGGAUGCCCCAGCGGGAUGUUGUCUCAUGGAGCGCCAUGAUCAACGGGUGCGUCAAGUGCGGGGAGCACCGUGAGGCUCUCGCGUUGUUCGAGAUGAUGGAGACAGCUGCGGGUUCUGACCAGGGCGUAAUGGCAAACGAUGUCACAAUGGUCAGUGUGCUUGGUGCGUGCGCGCACCUGGGGGACCUCGGACGGGGGAGGCAGAUGCACCGGCACCUUCAGGAGCGCGGCUUCCUGCUGAACCUCAGACUCGCCACCUCGCUUGUGGACAUGUACGCCAAGUGUGGGGCGAUCAGUGAGGCGCUCGAGGUGUUCCGUGCUGUGCCAGUGGCCAGCACUGAUGUUCUGAUAUGGAACGCCAUGAUUGGUGGAUUUGCAGUGCAUGGGAUGGGCAUGGAGACAGCGGAGAUUUUCCGAGAGAUGCAGCACUCUGGGGUAGUGCCAGAUGAGAUCACAUACCUUGGUUUGUUAAGUGCCUGCGUACAUGGUGGUCUGGUGGAUGAGGCCUGGAGGUUCUUUCGCUCACUUGAAGCUCAAGGGCUCAGACCACAUGUCGAGCACUAUGCUUGUCUUGUAGAUGUGCUUGGUCGAGCAGGCCGCUUGGAGGAAGCAUAUGGUGUUGUUAAGAGCAUGCCAAUGGAACCCAGUGUCUCUGUACUUGGUGCUCUCUUGAAUGCAUGCCAUCUGCAUGGAUGGGUAGAGUUGGGGGAGGUAGUCGGCAGACAGCUUGUCCAAUUGCAGCCAGACCAUGAUGGCAGGUACAUUGGGUUGUCCAAUAUCUAUGCUGCUGCUAGGCGGUGGCAAGAGGCAAAGAAAGCAAGAAAGGUGAUGGAGGAGAGAGGAGUGAGAAAGAUCCCUGGGUUUAGCGAGAUUGAUGUCGGUGGAAGGCUCCGCAGGUUUAUUGCCCAUGACAAGACUCAUUCUCGAUCAACAGAGAUUUAUGCCUUGCUUAAUCUUAUAGCCGUGGAGAUGAAAAUGAAGGAUGCUGUUGCUGUUCCAGAGUACUUCUGUACAGAUUGAUAGGAGGAUGGUUGCCUGGUGGAUCUAUCAAAACAAAAUCCUUGUGAAACAUUUUGAUUCUGCUUUCUGCCACUCAUGCACUGACUACCAAAUAUUACCUAGUUGCGAGCAGAUCCCUCAAGAGCAUGGGAUGCUCAAGAGGUAGGCAUUUGAAGUUGAGACAGAAUGCAUUUAUGUGCUACUGGAGGCAGAGCCAUAGAAGCAUGAGGUGUGCAGAUAGUCUUGAGAUUUUUUUUAGCUGCUUUUGUAUAUCUAGUCAGGCAGGAUAUUUUAGGAAACAGUGGCAAUGACAAAAACCGCAUUCUGUUACUGGAACAGCAAUCAGACAGUAUUAAACAUAUGGUUAAGCUUUGUUUAAUAACAGUUCCACCUCUGGAUUCUGCUUUUAUGGAUGGUUGAUCUAGGCACAAGAACAAAGACCACAGAUAAUGUAUGGUAAAUGGUGCUUAACUAUGAGAUUAUCCAGACUUGGAAACUUUAUCUCAAAGAUUUUAUCAAUAUAAAUUGUAAAUAUGCUUCACAUAUUAUGAAUGCAAAUUUAUACACCGGCUACAGUUUUCUGAAGAAUCUGCAAUCGUUGGAUGUGCCAAUUGGUAGGACAAUGUGCAAGAACAGCUCAUGCAGCCUGUGGUGAGCUUUUGCCAUUAACGAGAUUUCUGCUUGUGUAUCGCACUCAAAGGAUAAUGGUGCUGAUAGCUUCUUAUUCAAAAGGCCACUGUGAAGUGCUUGCUAAUUGCGUUCUAAGUGUCCAACUACAUGGAGAAGUUUCUUGACCAGAUCAGACUGACAGAAGGAUGAAUUUGAAUUUUCUAACCGUUCCAUGUUUGGGUU